AUGUCCGACUUUCCAGCAGCUCCAGUCCUCGAGGCACUGGAACUUUUAAAGAAAAACUACGCGGAAUCAAUAAGAACGAGUCGUCGCUUGGCCUACCAUAAAGAGAAUGUGAAAGUGACGCAGGAGGAUCUGAAUCAGGAAAAUGAACUUCUAGACGAACUCCGAUCGAGUUUCUUGCCGUCAAUCAAGCAUGAACUGAAGGCUCUUUCAAAUGCACUCGACCCCCCACACAAUUCUAGUGAAUUUCCCCGCCCGAACGUCGAAUUGAGCUUGGAUACUUUAUCAAAUCUCAAUCAGAUUAUGCAGAAAGCCAUACAGUGCAUCAGCUCUGCUCCCCUCCAACCACUUGACCCAAAACACGCCCACGACCACUCCUUCAAACAUUGUAAAGCGUUUAGACGAUUUGAUCUGCGCAACCGUGUCUCUAGGGUAGAAAGCAACUUGAUUUCGGUAUUCUGGAGCUACAGUAGAUUGAUCGAAUCCUGGAAACUUUCAAGUAACCUCUCAGAAGACCCGGAGUAUCGAACUCCAACACCGGGAGAGGAAACAGUCGAGUGCAUCGAUUUGAUUGACCAAACAAUUAGAUUGUCCCAAGCAUCCGACUUUGCUUUACUCCAACUCAAGUGGCAAAGCGUAGUCCAAGCCUUCCACGAAGAACUAGAAAUUCUGGCAAAUAUAACUGGCCCUCACCAAAAGAACAAAUCCAUCUUCAGGAGACGUGUCGUCGAGCAGGCUAGAUUAACUGUACCGGUCAUCAAGUUACUGCGAAUCUUAUUUGAUAAAAUAUUGAACACAACCAUCAGACAACUGCCGUUCACGCUGGAUACGGAGCUUAACUCCGAUACACUGCACCAGCUAAACAUAGAUCCCGAUAAAAUUCUCUUUAGCUGUCUAGUUCACGUUACAUACUUGAACGAGAGUCACAUGUCUCACUCAACGAAUGAUCAUAGCGGGUGGCUACGCGGGCGGACCGACGGCCUGUCAAGAACGGUCGACUCUUAUGUAGUUCUUCUGGCUUUGUACAUCAUCCCUUUAUCUUCGAAGAUCGAUCGCUGUUCCCUCCAAACUGACUUCAAGGCUUGGCUUUCCGAGUGGCAGCGUUUAUGGCAGACCGCCAAGGACCAUUUGCUGGGUGCUAUGUGCGUCCCUGAGGAAAAUUGA